AUGACUUUUCCAAGAUCACACAUUCAAGGAACUCAUGACAGUGAAGUCGACCCAAGUAGAAUUACACAUGUUAAUGAUGUUGCACUUGAUCGUAAUUGCACAUCAUCUAAUCAACGAAACAACACGAGUCAAUCCGAUACAGAUGAUAUGGAUGUUAAUGAAGCUUUUGAGGAUGCAGUAAUAUCAUAUGUUAACAUGGACGCCAGAGAAAAUGGUGCAUUAUCACGUCGUCCUCAAGAUUCUAUGGAUUAUGGAAGGGAUAUUAAUGUCAUUCGUUAUGAUGGAAAUCUCAAGAAAGUUCAAGAGAUAAAGGGAUAUUAUGAUCAUUUGCAAUACCCUGUAUUGUUUCCAUUUGGGACGCAUGGUUGGGACAUCAACACAACAAAUUGCAAUGGACGAAGAGUGUCAUAUCGAACAUAUUACAGUUACAUGCUUCAAAUUCGCCCAAAUGAUCAAUCAAUGUUGUUAAAUGUGGGUCGACUGUUGCAACAAUAUGUUGUAGACAAUUAUGUCAAAAUUGAAUCAGGGAGAUUAAGGUGUAUUAAAGAGCACCAAAGUGAUAUACGUUCUGAAUUGUACCAAGGUUUACAUGAUGCUUUGCAUGUUGGUGAAACUAAUGCAGAGAACAUUGGAAAAAGAACAAUAUUGCCAUCAUCAUUUAUUGGCGGUCGUCGAGACAUGACACAACGUUAUGAAGAUGGAAUGGCUAUUGUUCUUAAUGGCGGUAAACCAGAUAUUUUUCUAAUAAUGACAUGCAAUCCUUCUUGGAGUGAGAUAACAUCAAAACUUUUGCCUUUUCAAACACCACAAGAUCGUCCAGAUUUGAUAACAAGAGUAUUUCAUUCGAAAUUUGAGAAAUUGAAGGAUGAUGUUAUUAAUAAAGGAGUCUUGGGUAAAGUUAAAAGCUACAUGUAUAUAACUGAAUUUCAAAAGCGAGGACUGCCGCAUGUGCAUAUGUUGUUGGUCUUAGAAAGUAACGAUAAGUUGCGUGACCCAAAAGAUUAUGAUAGUAUGGUAAGAACAGAAAUACCUAAACUAGAAUGUGAACCACAGUUGCAUGAAGCUGUUGUAAGACAUAUGAUUCACGGACCUUGCGGCAUAAUCAACCAAAAGUCUCCAUGUAUGAAAGACGGACAUUGUAAAAAAAGGUAUCCCAAACAAUUCUUGGAUGAAACACGUCAAGGCACUGACUCAUAUCCCGAGUAUAGGAGAAGGUUUGAUGAGUAUGUAUCGUUAGGUAAAGAUAGGUCUGUCGAUAAUAGGUGGGUGGUUCCUUAUAACCCUUGGUUACUGUUAAAGUAUGAUUGUCACAUCAAUGUAGAGACUUGCAGUAGCAUUAGAAGUAUCAAGUAUCUAUAUAAAUAUGUGUACAAGGACCCUGAUCGUGUGGAUAUGGAGGUUCAUAAAGGAUCAUACAUUGAUGAAGUUCAACAAUAUGUUGAUGCAAGAUGGAUUUGUGCUCCCGAGGCAUUAUGGAAAAUAUUUCGAUUCACUCUUUAUCGAUUAUAUCCUUCGGUUGAAAGAUUGCAUAUCCACUUGCCGAACCGCCAUCAAGUGUGCUUUUAUGAUCAUCAGCAAACUGCAGAUGUGUUAAAUAAUGAAUGCAACUCCAAAAUAAUGCUCACACAAUUCUUUGCAUUGAAUCUACGAGAUCCACAAGCAAGAAAGUAUUUGUAUAGAGAUAUUCUAGAGCAUUAUUGUUGGAACAAGCGGUAUAUGGAAUGGUAUCAUAAGCGAUCAACAAGAAAAGUUAUCAGGAGAAUCUAUACGGUAUCACCUUCAGAGGGAGAUAAGUUUUACUUGCGACUGCUGUUAUCUCAUGUCACAGGUCCAACCAGUUGGGAAUAUCUUCUUACAAAUAAUGGCAUGACUUUCAGUACAUUCAAAAAAUCAGUCGAGGAUAGGGGAUUUCUAGAGACUGAUUAUAGUAUUCGUGAUUGCUUGGUUGAGGCUACGAGUCUCCGAAUGUCAUAUGUUUUACGAAGGUUAUUCGUGACGAUUUUAAUAUUUUGUGAACCUAAUGAUGUUAGAGGCCUUUGGAAUGAGUUUUUUACACAUAUGGUAGAGGAUUAUCAAACAACUAACAAUGUCUUGGAAUCAGACUUAACUAAUAUGUUGUUGAAGGACUUGAAUGAACUCUUAAACAUGCACAGUAAAAAGAUUGAAGAUUAUGAUCUCCCAUAUUUACCCUCUAAUACAAUAGACAGAGGUGAAGUUCCAAGUAUCAUACAAGAGGAGUUAGCGAUCGAUAUCCCCAAUGAAGAUAUUGAAUCUAUUGAUAAGUUAAAUAAUGAUCAAAUGAUUGCAUUCAACACCAUUAUGAAUGUAAUUGUUCAAAAAUACUGUGGGGUAUUUUUUGUUGAUGGUCCAGGAGGAACAGGUAAAACAUUCCUUUAUAGAACAUUAGUGGCAAGUUUAAGAAGUAGAGGAGAAAUUGUCUUAGCAACUGCAUCGCCUGGUAUAGCUGCAACAUUGUUACCCGGUGGUAGGACUGCACACUCUCGAUUUAAGAUACCUAUUGAUAUUCAACCGAGUUCCAUUUGUGGUAUUCAAAAGCAAAAGGAUCUUGCAAAUCUCAUUAGAGUUGUUGCCGCAAUAAUUUGGGAUGAAGCACCAAUGACAAACAAAUUUUUUUUGGAAGCCUUAGAUCGAUCAUUACAAGACAUUUGUAGCAACAAUGCUCCAUUUGGUGGAAAAGUUCUGAUCAUGGGAGGGGGGGGGGAUUUUCGUCAAGUUCUUCCUAUUGUAAGAAAAGAAUUGCAUGGUUGGGAUGCCCCAUAUAUGGUACAAAGAGCUAUUUUGACACCAACAAAUGAUGAUGUCCAGAAAUUGAAUGAUAUGAUUAUCGAUCAGUUUCUAGAAGAAGGACAUAAUUUGUUAUCGUUUGAUGAGGUUGAAGGAGAUAAUCAUAAUUUAUACCAGCAAGAAUUCUUAAACUCAAUUGCACAAGUCAAACUAGAACACGGUGAAAUCUUUCAAUUAUGUAAGGAGUUGAGACGAAAGAAUGUUGAAACUUGCUUCGACAUGAAAAUAACAAACUUUGAAGAUAAAUGGAACACAUGGAAGGAUGAAUAA